AUGACUCUCAGCAUGGUGCGAAGGGCUCCUGGUCAGACGGAGCAACAGACGCUUCUUCCGUUCUUCAACAAACACCAGAGCGUAACUCCGUCUGCCCUGCCAGAACCAUUACGACCACAGUUCCUCCAGCGUGACGCCAACCAGGUCUCCUAUACUAGUGGAAAAUCCCCUAUACAGACAACUGAAGCUUCCCCGGAAGGUCUGCAUGGUGCUACGCCUAGCCUUGGAACGCCUCAGUCUAAUGAUAAUGUCGUACCCCAAGUCAUAACCCCAUCUUAUGAGAUUGGCCAUUCGAACGAGACGGAAGCAGGCGGCCACCGGAGGAAGAGGUGCAAGAUAUCAGGCUCAGGGAACACGAGCCCAGUCGCUUCGGAUGUUUCUCUAGACGAAAAGAUUACAGCAGAGUCUUGUGAUUCUGCUGCUGUUUUGCAACCCGGUUCCGUUUCCGGGGCGCAUCCCAAUGGAGCCCGCAUAUCCAGUCCCUCGACAGGCCCAGGUCUCGAACAACGAGCAAUCAGCAGGUCCCACAAGGAGCUGGGGGAAGAGAGGACGAUAUUACGUCUACACCUAGACUCCAAGCUGCUUAGCUCUUUCCCGCCAGGUGAUCACUCUGACGGGGGACAAACUCGCCAGAGCAAAAUAAGGAAAUCGUCCCGCCUAAACACGGUUGCGAAAUUUGUCAACCGGGUCAAACUUGCAAGGAUAUCAUACAGCUCAAAUGAAACCUCAAGACAGAACAUUGGACAGGUCAUUGAAGAUAUCAUGAGCGGCCGCACCACAUACUCAGAGUUCAAACGACGAGUGACGCAACCGAAGAUAGCCUAUCCAAUGGGCCCAGUUCAGAUCGGAUAUCCUAAACCUACUCACCCAUUCUUCCUACCCAAGUCGCAACAACAACCGCAACAACCUCCUCUAGAGACAGCGUCCCCUAGCACAUCAACUGGGGGUGCACCUUUGCAAGGCUUGACACAAUUAAAAGCCAACCCUUCGAUAUCAGCCGCGCGAGCCUUUCCGCCGUUGUCCAGGACUCCACCCUCGUUCCCAUCAACUUUACAAAAGCAAAAGGCCCGUGGAGAGGGCGAGUCUGUUGAUCCGAUGUGGCCACCCCGCGAUAUGGUUCACGUUCGGGGCUGUAUCAACUCUAUAAACCCGCCAUCUAGAAGAACAUUUGAACGGAGAAAAGCGAAGCAGUCGACUAUUUCUGUUCCCGAUACUGAGAGCGUCCUCUCAACGAUCUCCCUACCCCCAGGAGAACUAGUAUCUAGUACUCCCAAACGACAGCGGUCAAAAGCUUUACGGCGCCCUAAACGGCAUGUCCUCAAAUGCGAUGAGUUCCAAGCAGUCGUUAUUGAGAAGAUUGAUGCGUGCAAUCUAGGACAAAGGGAGAAUAGUCCGUUGAAUAAUAAUUUGCCCCGUUCAUCACAUCCCGCCCUGGUGAAACUUGCGUCAUCCCUACAUACGGCAACCAGCUCUUUUGACAGGGGUGAAUAUGACGAUACCCCUUGGUCUCAAAAGUAUGCUCCUAAAACUGCGGCUGAAGUACUUCAGGUAGGCUCUGAAACGUCCGUCCUCCGUAAUUGGCUACAGCAUCACGAAGUCUCGGCCGUCAAUACAAGCUUAGACACAAAAAGCCCGAGGCAAACGCCGGAUAGCAAAACAAUGCGCAAGAAGAAACGAAAAAAACCCAAGGACAUGGAUGGCUUUAUUGUCUCCAGUGGCGAUGAAGAUAGUGUCAUGGAUGAACUUCAGAAUUCUGACGAUGAUGAAUUGGCCGGGGGUGUUACAGUCCCUACAAAAAGAUCAAUUGUUCGAUCAAAUGACUUUGCAUCGACAGCUAACUCUACUAAACGGCCUGCAACAAAUACUAUACUCCUUAGUGGAUCAUCUGGAUGUGGGAAGACUGCUGCUGUCUAUGCCGUGGCGGGUGAACUUGGAUUCGAAGUGUUUGAAAUAAAUGCUGGUACGCGGAGGAGUGCAAGGGAUAUCAUCGAGCGAGUCGGAGAUAUGACUCAAAAUCACCUUGUACAGCUUCUGAGCAAGGCAGACGGGGAGUUGGACCAGGGUACCCCUAGCACGGUGGACAGCGACAGAGGACCGAAACAAAGCACGGUGGCCAGCUUUUUUGCGAAGAAGACCCUAUCCAAAGCAACGGGCGCUGGCCCCGGACGAAAGGCCCCUGAAGGGGAAAGCCCGGAACCGCCAAAGCCUCAAAGAAACCAGAAACAGUCGUUGAUACUACUGGAAGAGGUUGAUAUCCUGUUUAACGAGGAUAAAAAAUUUUGGAGUGGAGUUCUUGCAUUAAUCGGACAGUCAAAACGGCCUAUCGUGAUGACAUGUAGUGAUGAAAGACUCCUUCCUCUAGAAAAUUUGGCUCUGCAUGCGAUUUUACGGCUCCAGCCACCUCCUUGUGACCUGGCAGUAGACUACAUGUUCUUACUCUGCGCCAUCGAAGGCCACCUGCUGGACCGCAAAGCCGUAUUGGACUUAUACACAGCCCUUGGCAAAGACCUUCGGGCUACUAUCAUGCAACUGAACUUUUGGUGCCAAAUGGGUGUAGGCAGCAGAAAAUCUGGUCUUGACUGGAUGGUUAACCAGGAAACUUCAGAUCUGCGAGCUUCCGGUUGCUUGUUCCGCACGGUAAGCUGUGAUACCUACAUGGAAGGCAUGGGAUGGUAUAGCGCAGACACCGUUGUGGGCGAGCCAAAUCUUGUAGAACACCGACUGCAGCUGUUGACCGAAGGAAUUGAUCAAUGGGAUAUUGGAUUAACGAAUUGGCUUGAAACAGGAAAUGGACGAAUAAAUGGUGGACAGUUUGGACCAACUGAUAGCUUGGAACAAGUAGGCCUUGCAGCCGACAUGAGGAGCUGCUUAGAUCUCAUGUGCAACGAAGGAUACAAUGAUAUUAAGCAUUCAUUGGAUCCAUCCAUGCCGUCACUUUCUGAAAAGCAAAGGCUAGAUUAUAUCGAAGGAUAUCAAGCCCUCCAGUCCGACCUUCGGACGGAGUUCAACCAGCUAUCCGUAAAGAUCGGGGCAACCCUGAGCAUCUUUGCCGAAACUGUUCUCAACUCUGAGGUACAUAUAGGGGAGCAAGACGAUAUAAUAGAACGUGUCCUUGAACGGUCUGCGCCCCCGAGACCAAGGCAGCUUCACAAGACAGCGUUCCAGGAUGCCUUCCAGGCGAUUAUUGAACCAACCGACUACCUAGGCUCAGUAUCGAGCUUCCGACCCCUUUCAUUCGAGCACGGUACCGCAAUCAUCGCCGAGGACGUUGCGCCAUAUAUCCGACAUAUAAUCUCGUUCGAGACGCACCUGGAGCAGUACCGACUAAGGCUCAACGGCCUUCUUCCCCAGGACGGCCCACCAAGCAAACGGCCGAGAACAACGCGGGCGAGCAGGGCGGCUGUCGAAGGUGGUGACAAGGCAAAUAUCAGACGCGAACGGUGGUUUUCUGGCAGAGUAAUCCCCGAACAGGUCAUGGCGACGGGAGGGAAAGGCUGGGAGAAUAUCCUGCAGUACCCUCCUGUAGUAGACCUGGCGGAAAUACAGGCAGUGUUCCAGAACGGGCGUCUCUUGUGCCCUGCUCCGGCUGCUUCAGCUGGUCCUAGUGAAGGUAUAUAG